CGCAGCCGCCUGGCCCGCCCGUUCCUGCGGCUCAGCGGGGCGCACGGAGUUGCGGGGCUCCGGCCGUCCACACGCGCGCCGGCCCCGUCCCGCUUCCCUCCCGCCGCCUCGGCCGAUCUUGGCGCUGCAAGGGUUGGGGGGGGGGGCGUGGCCGGGCCGGCGGAGGAGUUAAAUGCGCCCGGAGCGCGGAGCGAGGCGCAGCGGCAGCCCGGCAGCCCGUCCCGAUGGGUGGCAAGAAAGUGUGCAUCGUGGGCUCCGGCAACUGGGGCUCAGCUAUUGCCAAGAUAGUGGGUAGCAAUGCAGCCCAGCUGGACAAAUUCGACAGCACAGUGAACAUGUGGGUGUUUGAAGAGGAAAUUGGAGGCAAGAAACUCACUGAGAUCAUCAACACGCAGCAUGAGAAUGUCAAGUAUUUGCCGGGCCACAAGCUUCCGCCCAACGUGGUGGCAGUGCCAGAUGUGCUGAAGGCUUCGGCUGGUGCUGACAUCCUCCUCUUUGUCGUCCCACAUCAGUUCAUUGGGAAACUCUGUGACCAGCUGAAGGGCCACGUCAAGAAAGAGGCAAUUGGGGUUUCGCUCAUCAAGGGUGUCGAUGAAGGCCCAGAUGGGCUGAAGCUGAUCUCAGACAUCAUCCGUGAACAGCUCGGCAUUGAGAUGAGUGUGCUGAUGGGAGCCAACAUUGCCAAUGAGGUGGCAGAUGAGAAAUUCUGUGAGACCACAAUUGGCUGCAAAAAUAUAGAGCAUGGACAGAUCCUCAAGGAUUUGAUGCAAACACCCAAUUUCCGAAUCACGGUGGUGCAAGAGGCAGAUACUGUAGAGAUCUGUGGUGCUCUCAAGAACGUGGUGGCUGUUGGAGCUGGUUUCUGUGAUGGGCUGGGCUUUGGCGAUAACACCAAGGCAGCUGUGAUCCGACUAGGCCUGAUGGAGAUGAUUGCCUUUGCCAAGCUUUUCUGCAAGGGCUCCGUCACUUCUGCCACCUUCCUGGAGAGCUGUGGGGUUGCUGACCUCAUCACCACUUGCUACGGAGGCCGUAACCGCAAAGUAGCCGAGGCUUUUGCCAAGACCGGCAAGUCUAUUGAGCAGCUGGAGAAGGAAAUGCUGAAUGGGCAGAAGCUGCAGGGCCCUCAGACAUCAGCAGAGCUCCAUCACAUCCUCAAGCACAAGAACCUGGUGGACAAGUUCCCACUCUUCACUGCUGUCUACCUGAUCUGCUAUGAAGGCAAACCUGUCUCUGAUUUCAUCAAGUGCCUGCAAAACCAUCCUGAGCAUCUGUGAUCAGCCUCUCGUCCCAGCAAGCAAGAGGCAGGAAUUUAUUAUUAUUUUUUGACACUGCCAUCCCUACAAGAGGAGAAGAAACCACCGCAGACCAUGGAAGAGCAGGGGGGUUCGCAUUGGAAUCCCCGAGGUCAGGGUGGAGGGACUGCAUCGGCCCGCUAAGCAAGGUGUUCCUCCAGUUCACUGUUCUCUGCCAUAGACUCUCAUGACCUGGAUUAAUCCAGUCCCCUGCUUAGUUCCCGCAAGACGCUAGAGCACUCCCAGACCCACAGAAGGCAAAGCUUUAGUUUUUAUCUUCUCUCAAGAGCAAAGGCAGCCUCUCUUCUUGACGGUUCAAACCUGAAACCUUCUAGUUUUAUCUGCCCUAGGGGGUGACACUAUCUAAAAUAACCCGUCUUGAAUUUUUAUUCCAGUAUCAUAGAUCCAGAGGAGUUAGCCGUGUUAGUCUGUAGUAGCAAAAUCAAAAAGAGUCCAGUAGCACCUUUAAGACUAACCAAUUUUAUUGUAGCAUAAGCUUUCGAGAAUCAAGUUCUCUUCGUCAGAUGCAUAGUACAGAAACUGGUCAAAUAUAGAAGAGGAGGGGAGGAGAGAGAACCCAUCCUGGAAAAUGAUACCUCUCUCUCAGAAGCCCUGGGUGGAAGACCUUUCCUUGCCUACAGACAGCUCCCCAACCUUAAACGACUUCUCACCCACAAUCAUGAAUCGACCAGCAGAGUCACCAGCACAGGUACCAGGCCCUGCAACAGACCCAGAUGCCAGCUCUGCCCCUAUAUCUACCCAGGGAAUACAAUUACAGGACCCAAUGGCAUCAACUACACUGUCUCUGGCUCUUACAGCUGCUCAUCCUCCAAUCUGAUAUAUGCCCUCAUGUGCCAACAAUGUCCUUCUGAUCUGUACAUUGGACAAACCAGCCAACCUCUACGCAAAUGGACACAAAUCUGACAUUAGAAAUGGAAAUGUCCAAAAACCAGUGGGAGAACACUUCAAUCUACCAGGACAUUCCAUCAAAGACUUAAAGGUCGCUGUAGUUCAACAGAAACCUUUCAAAAACAAAAUCCAACGGGAGGCUGCUGAAUUGGAAUUCAUAUGCAAAUUUGACUCUGUCAAGCUGGGACUGAAUAGGGACUAUGAAUGGUUAUCACAUUAUCACAGGUAACAGAUUUCCUUUACAGAGGCGGGGUCUGGGGGAGCUCAGUGGCGCCUGGCGUGGGCUUUCGGGGACCACAGUUCUCUUUGUCAGAUGCAUCUGACAGGGAGAGCUGUGGUUAUCGAAGGCUUAUACUACAUAGGAAUUGGAUGAUCUAGCUGUUUUACUGCUGCAAACUAACAGGGCAAACUCCCUUGAAGCCUCACCCAAGCCAACUGACCCCAAAAGGACACCAAAAGGAGAUGUUUACAUUUACUAGCAAAGGAAUGUUUUGGUUCCAUCCUCCCUCUCCCCCCCAAUUGCAUCUUCUCUCUCCUCCCCCCUCCUCUUCUAUAUUUGACCAGUUUCUGUACUAUGCAUCUGACGAAGAGAACUUGAUUCUCGAAAGCUUAUGCUACAAUAAAAUUGGUUAGUCUUAAAGGUGCUACUGGACUCUUUUUGAUUUUAUUCCAGUAUGAAAAGCACCAGCCGUUCUUAAGAUGAACAUUGGGUCUUUCUGUUUAGAUGCGGUUUGACCUGGUAUCCAUGGGAGUGGGGAUUCUAGCCCAGAAUGUGAAUAUUCAGUUUUGGAGGAAUAAAUGCUAAAGAGAGAAAUUAA